UUACUCAUAUACAAAUUGUAUAUAAAGCAUUCUUCACAAUGCUAUCUAGUAAUCUACAUCAAAAAUAUACUGUAAAUUUUGCAUAACUAGUUGCAAAAACUCGUAAAAUGAAAUUCGCUUCGGCAAUUUUUGUUAUCCUGGUUGCAGCCUGUCCCCUGAACGCUUAUAAAAUCCCAACCACUGAUUCAGGUGCCCUCGCCAAAGAAUUCCAAGACUUUAUAGACUUGAUACCGUUCGAUCAAAUAAUCGAAGUGACGAAGACGUACUAUGCCCAGGAUACGCAAUUCCAUAAUAUUAUUCAAUUGAUGAAAACUAAAGAAUUAAAACAAUGGAUGCUAGAUAUCGAAUCGGCUCCUGAAUUCAAAUUACUGAUAAAUUACGUUCAGAAAAAUGGUCUCGAUAUUUAUUACUUGGUUAAUGAAUUCAACAAAUCUUUAAAUCUUCCGCCUCUUGUUAGUGGAAUCAAAGCCUUUUUCGGUUCUUUCAAUAAUAAAAUCACCGGUGGUUAUAUCGGUUAUUUAAUUGAUGUUAUUGCUCUUAUACCGAUAGAAAAAUUGUCUAAUCUAACCAUUGAGAAAAGCAAAAAUUCCGAAGUAUUCAAGGCUUUCAUAGCAGAAGUAUCUUCGUCUAAAUAUUUUGAUUUUUACAACAGUAUUUUUGAGAAUAAACAUUAUAAGAAUUUGGAAAACGAGGCCGUAAAUUUGGGCGUAACUAGAAAUGAUUUCUAUACUUUUUCUCCCAUCUUUGUUUUCGUUACAGCAGCAUUCAAUUUGUAAAUAACAAUGAUUUUGAUUAAUUAAUUUAUAAAAAAUAAUUCAUUUUAUUC